UCAUGUAACAUCAACAGUGGAUAUGGAAACCUCGGGAGACAGAGUGCCACAGCGGCCUUUGGCUAAACUGAUGUUCUACCUCAAAUCUGUGUCAAACUGUGUGGACAUUGAAGAUCUAUGUGACUUACAGCGAUGGACAGAUUUCUCUCAUUAUCACCUGCUCACAAACAAAGAGGCGGACGGCGUGGCGCGUUUGUGCUUCGCUCUGUCGCCAGACGUUCUUAAAGACAAGUGUCUCAAAGAAAGUGAUUCAAAAACUAAGAAUUUUGACACCGUGGUUUACAGUGUGGACAACGCAAAAAGACACUGGGUACAGGGUGUGUCUGAUCACGUGACACUCAGCGGGAGUCUGCUCCGUGUUACAGGGGUAAUAGCUUGUAAGCCAGAGUGGUUAGAGGAGUUUUAUUAUGUUCCAAUCAAGCAUUAUGAACACGUAUUGGAAGGUGCCAGAAUGACUUUCAGACUCGGAUCUUCCUCCUCUGGUCUCAAUCAGAAAUCACAGACAACCUAUGGAACUUUCUGUACAAGUUGUGUGUAGUGAUACAAUGUAUUCUAUGUUUUGUGAUAUUUCAGUCUAUGUUAUACCGCCGUGUUCCUGAAUUGUUUAUUACUAUCAGCCUGAAUUAUUGUUGACAAUUUUGUAUGUAAACAAAUUCUAUUUAUAAAUACUUUAAAACUGA